AUGGCUCCCCAACUAGCUUGGAUCGGCCUCGGCAACAUGGGGAGGGGCAUGUGCGCCAACCUCGUCUCCAAGGGAAACCUCGACAAGCCACUGAUCCUCUACAACCGCACCCAGCAGCGCGCCGACGACCUAGCCGCCAAGAUCGGCACGGACAAGACCAAGGUCGUCUCGACAGUCCAAGAUGCCGUCGCGCCCAGCGACAUCAUCCUCAUGUGUCUCGGCGACGACGCCGCCGUCACCGCCACCGUCGACACCAUCCUGGAGGGUGAUGUCACCGGCAAGACGAUUGUAGACUGCAGCACCAUCCACCCGGACACGACCAACGCGCUGGAGAAGCGCAUCACGGCGGCGGGCGGCGAGUUCGUCGGGAUGCCCGUCUUCGGCGCGCCCGCCAUGGCCGACGCGGGGAGCCUGGUGUGCGUAGUCGCGGGGCGAUCGGGGUCGGUGAAGAAACUAGCGCCCUACCGCGACGGGGUCAUGGGGCGGGCGACCAUCGACUUCAGCGACCAGCCGGCAGGGAACGCAACGCUGCUGAAGGUGAUUGGCAACACCUUCAUCCUGAACAUGGUCAACCAGCUCUCCGAGGGCCAUGUGCUGGCCGAGAAGUCCGGCCUGGGGGUCGACAACCUGCAUGCUUUCAUCUCGACCAUGUUCUCCGGUCCGUUUGCUGCCUACUCCCAGCGCAUGCUGGCUGGCGACUACUACAAGCGCGACGAGCCGCUGUUCCACAUUGACCUGGCACGCAAAGAUGCCCGCCACGCGAAAGCCCUCGCAGAUGCGAGUGGCGCCAGCGUGAAGGGUCUGGAUGUAGUGCGGGCGCGACUGGAAGGUGUGAAAGAAUACUUGGGGGACAAGGGAGACAUCCCGAGUGUGUAUGGUGCGGUGCGGAAGGAGAGUGGAUUAGCGUUUGAGAAUGGGAAGUAG